AUUGGUUCUUGCCAAACAGAAACGUCUGGCCUCUCUCUUGAUCAAUAACGACAUUAAUACUUCAAUCCACGCCUUGGCUCCCUCAAAAGGACAAGGCGACCGGCAGAGAGCCGGUAAUCACUGGGGGAAAGCUCGAGACCGACUGAUCGCUUUAUUUGUUUCCUCUGGCCGCCCGGAUGGUGACGCGAACACGCAUGCUUCUAUAGACGUACGUCGCGGUAGACCACGUGACAUCCUUCUGGCCGUCUCAACACCCGCCCAAUAUCAGACAGCUGCGAAGCUGUCAUAUACACAAUGAGCUUCUUCAUUCGGCCAUUCGGCCGGUCUGGAUCCAUAGUUCCCAAGACGCCAUGUUUGAGAAGGACGGUCGAGCUGGCUGGCUUCCAGCCAACCGCCGCAAAGGCAGCAUCCAGGGGACGCUUCUUCUCCACCACCAAGACCUCCGCCAGCGAGCAGAGGCCUGACCCAAACCGAAAACCGUCAGGUUACCACUACAGCCCGAUGCCGCCACCGUCCGGGCCCAACCCAAACACCAGCGCAAAACCUCGCCGCCGCCCGCCCUACCUCCUUCUCUCCGUAGGCGCCCUGCUGGGCAGCCUCUACGCCAUCUACCUCGUCAAGCUGCUCACCCUGCCGCCCGCGGCUCCCGGGUCCGUGCUCGACGCGGAACUCCUGGCCGAGAUCAACUCGAGGGGCGACGAGCUCGUGGAGGAGAUGCGCCGCAACAUCGCCAACCCAGACGACCCGGACUGGACGACCAUCAAGCCCACAGACAUCACCCUCAAUGGCAUCAAGACGCCCGUGAUGUUGGCCGGCCCGCUCUCGUCCUCGGCGGGACUUCCCUACCACCGCCUGCUCCUCAACCGCAGGACCGGUGACUUCCACGCCGUCAUCUACAUUGGCGACGGCGCCUGCGGGUGGCCGACAGUCGCGCACGGCGGCGCCACCGCCACCAUCAUCCAGACCGUCAUGUCGACCGCCGCCGGGAUGGUCGAGCUGCCCGCAUCAGGGCAACUAGAAGAGGGUCGGCUGCGUUAUGACCCGGCGCUGAUGAAUCAUUUCGAAAUCACAUACCGCAAAAGGCUCGAGACAUCACGCUUUUAUUUCUUCUCGGCCAAGGUGGAGGAGAACCCGGAAGAGAUCGAUGGGUUCCGGAGUAGCUUCAUCUGUGGUGACGUCCUCGACGUUAUGCCGCACGAGGCUGAGAAGAACAAUGUCAUGGUGACUGCGCGUGGUCACUUUCUGGCGGAUAAUAAAAAACUACUCCCCAAAUGAGACCAAGUCAACACGUCACCCGAAAUGAAUUUUUUGGAGGUAGUCAGGCUAGGCAUCUCCGGUCGAGCAGCGGCCAUGGGCGUAGCGGAAGAGGAUGGCUGGGAUUGUAAGCAUAGGUCGGUAUGAAUAAACAGUUUAAUUGACUCGAUAAUAAUUCCGGCACCUAAA